AUGAAGGUUUUUUUUGCCUCUUUUACCUUCAGCGAAUCCGAAUUCCAGCUUAACCUACUACAAUUUGCUAGAUUUUUCACUGUCUUUUCAUAUGACCUUAACGUCAGUCUAACUUUGACUGUGCAAAGCAUGUUCUACGGUGAGUGUAGAGCUCAAAAUGAUCUUGUUAGUCUCCAGAAUCGUCUCGUCUAAUAUUGAGUUAGAUUUGAGUUUUCACUUUAGAGCCGCACACCGGUGACGAUUAGAGAUUUCUCCUUCACAUUCGUACACACUUUUCUGUCUUUUCGAUAGGGCAUGCUUGAGCGCACGGCAGGAUGUCUUGAAACAGGCAGUCUACGGCGCCUUCUACCAGGAUCAAAGCAUUUAGUCAAAAGUCGACGCACGCUUCAUUCAGGUUUUUGGAGUCAUGGUCCAAUUGAACCUGAGCUUUCUCCAUUAUGGCAGCUCAUGUUGCAGGGGACCGAUUUUUUCGAGAACCCGAACCUAAGGUCACCCAAAGACGGGACUUUGAGCGAAAAUCCUGGUGUCUCCUUGGACUUCCUCUAUCCAGCUGGUACACUCAAAUUUCUACGACAAUAUUCAGGCUUGGGGAUUGAUAGAAAAGAAGGGAAAAGAAGAAGAUUGGGAUUACGUAGUUCUGGCUAUCGGCUUUACACGUCAUCUGCUAAAAGCACAUCAUUAGCCUUGGUUCCAGUAGAUGUAGAAAAGAAAGAGACCGUUGAAAUCAAGAAACGGUCUAUGAUACCUGAGGUACCCGAUGACGCAGCAACCAUCGCAACAGUUCUAGGAAUAACAACAUCUUCACGAUACGAAGAGGUGUGGCGAAAAUAUCGGCGUUUAGAAUUCGGCAGCUGGGCCGAGGAACGAAUUCGAAUCCAGGUCUUGGAAUACAUGGCAGCUUCAAAUCGAAUAGUAGAUGCAGAAAGGGCGACUUCAUUAUUUGAGCGAUGCGAUGAUCGUCGAGAGAAACCUGAAAUAUACGAGAUCGUGAUUCGCACCUAUUUGAGACUGCAGAAUUUCUCAAGAGCGAAUGAACUCUACCAAUACUCACUCGAAAAGUUCAACACAACGGCUGGAGGGUCAGAUAUCAUGCUACACCUCAUGACAAACAGUUUAUGGCCACAAGCUUUCGAUCUUUGGACAGAAGUGCAGUUGCAUGAUAAUCUUGCUGGGCCGCGCUAUGAUUUAUUCAAAAGUUUACAUUAUCUAGAAGAUCUUCCAAGCAAGGCUUUACUCUUGGCACAGUUUAUCAAUAAGUCGGUUCGCGCCUCCUCACAGGGUGACUCCAUACCAUCCUUAGCUCUCACGAAAUUUGGUACGGAGGUGAUCUCAUCAGCUCUACUGAGUGCUAAACACUUUUCAUAUGCCACGUUUUGGCCUCUUGUAAAACAUAUUCAGAACUGGGGAUCUGAGUCUGUCUCUCUUUAUACCCACGCGACUCAAAUGUUGAUCACUCUCGGUCAAUCGAAAGCAGCAGUCGUGCUUUACAGGCAAGCUCGAGAAAGUUCAAAAAAAAACCUCAUGCUUCCAAGGUCCAUGUUGCACUCCGUACUACAAAUAUUUUUCAAGAAUCACGAUUUGAUCGGAAUUCAAGAAGUAUUCACGGAUAUAUUCCGCUUCAAUCAGAACCUGGACCGGAAUUCAUACAGGAGAUGCAUGGACGAAUUCGCACGCCACGGAGAUGCCGACACCGUCCAUGCAAUGUUUGAACAGUUUGCAGAGCGAUAUAUGCGAUUAGAAAGUCAGUCGCAAACGGCCCCUAAUCCUUUGGCAUCGGCUGACGAUAUGGCCCCACUCCUACAUGUUCACGUAAGGCGGGGAGAGUCUGAACGAGUACUCGAAAUAUUCAAAAGUAUUCGACAAAAAUAUCGCCUUAAACCGACCAUAACAUGUUGCAACAUUCUCAUUAGUGCUUAUGCUCAGGUUGGCAAAUAUGAUAAUGCUUUUGAAACCUUUGAAUAUACUGUCAACAAACGAAAUCUUCGGCCUGAUGACUACACUUUUGGAACUUUGAUGGGCAUGUGUGCCUCACGUGGUGAUCUUGAGAACACUAUCGAACUGUAUCGGAUGUCUGCUUCUUAUGGUGUUGAAAAGAGCGCUGCUAUGGUUAGCACACUAGUCACCGCCUAUUUAGCAUGCGAUCGAUUGGAAGAAGCGGAAACUAUCUGCGAAGAGGCCGUGAAUUUGGAUUUUAAGGAUUCACAAACUCGCAUGUGGAAUUCCCUGCUUGUUGCUUGGGCAUUGCGAUUUGACCUCGUCAACGUCAAUCGAAUCCUUCAAAGGAUGUCUCAGCUUAACAUAGAACAUAACGGCGAUACAUAUGCCGCCCUUAUGCAAGCGCUGUCUAUGGUCGGCCAACCAGAACGUGCCUGGGAGAUUUUAGUGGAGGUUAUGCCGGAAGCUGACAUACCCACCACUAGUCUUCAUUAUGCAAUCGUCAUGGGUGGUUUCCUUGCUACCCACCGUUACGACGACGUUUUCCGAGUUCAGAAUCGAAUGCUUGAACAGAAAAGGAUGAAGACUGCAAGCACAAAAUUCUUGGAGUUGAGAAGUGCAAUUCACGAAGCUAGGCGUAGGUGGGGAGAUGCACAAGGUGCCAUGGAGAUUUUCGAACAAGUCGUCAAAACAAUGAAUCCUCGCGAUCUUAGCGAUAAAGUCAGGAAAGGUAUUCGGCACGAGCCACUCGAUAUUGCUUAUCCCGCUACUUGUUUUGGAUACAUUAUAUUUGUUCUUUCUAAAAACAUGGAAAUAAAUUCCGCCAAGGAUAUGCAUCAACGCUUCCUGAGAAUGCUCCCAGAAGACAGAAGAGGCACACAACCCGAGAGUGUUACCACUGCUUUAAUGUCACUAAAACUUCAAGAACUAAAUUAUGGCGCCGUGGAGGAUCUGUGGAUGCAGUUCUUGUCUGAUACUCGAAAGCGACACCAACCUCUCCAGCUUCCAGGCUCGCUAUCUCGUAUAGAUGAUGCUGAAGAGGCAGAAAUGGCUGGAGAUGGUAUUGAUCAUUCUUCUAAAGAGGGUAAAGAAGGUAAAGAGGGCGAAGAAGGUGAACAGGGUCAAGAGGGUGAAGAGACUGAAGAGGGUAAAGAGGGUGGUUCAAAAGAUACAAAAUUAGACAUGCAGGAGAACAAAGAACAGAUCAUGGCUGCACAUAGAUUUGCUUUGACAAAGGCAUUACACUUCUACAUGAUAGCGCUCCUGAGGCAGGGGAAAAUCAACAUUAUGAUACGAACUGUCAACGAGAUCACGAAUCUUGGAUUUCAAUUGAGUCAUCAAAAUUGGAAUGAAUACAUUCAACAUCUCGCCAGGGCUCGCCAUUUCAAGCUAGCAUUCAAGACAUGCGAAUCCGUUCUUAUGGGAAAUUGGAAGGGGUGGGCUAAGUUAAGAGCUCAAACUAGUGAGAAAAACAGACUACCACUAGAAAUCAGAAGGAAGGGCAAGCUGUUGACGUCUUUGCGUCCAGAAUACCGCACUCUUUUGCAUCUCACAAAAGGUUUCCUCAGUAUACAAGCUAUGGCUGCCGAAUCAAGGGCUAAUCGACUUCUACUCAACGACCUGGAGCAUGAUUGUUCAAGGACACUGACAGCUAUCAAGACAAUGGUUAGAACAGGGGAUCCUUUAGAAUGGGAGGUUUUGGGGGAGUGACGGUAGAUACCAUCUCUACAGUUGUAUUUUUCAUGUACAAUACAUAAAUAGAAAGCCUGUGAUGGGACUCACGCAGAAAUAAACUCAACUUUGUUAGUUUAAAGUCUUAAACAUCAUUUACCCAAAGAUAA